AAGGUGCGAGGAAUGCUUCCGAAGUGGUCGUGCGCUAUCCUUGGCGGCCUUCUCUUGGUUUGCUCGCUCAAGAUCUGCGACGCUGACGAGGAACUUGGCGACAGUUCCGAGCGCAGCCUCGACAGGAGCAUCGAGCUCAGCGAGCUCGAGUACGAGGACGCCUGCAUCCCGGUAGCCGAGGCCCAUUGGAGCUUAACCAAGGAUCCCAAGGACACGCAGCUCCUUCAAGCCUGGAAAGAUGCUGCGAUCAAGUUUGCGGAGCUAAAGAACGGGGAAAAGCAGCAUAUGACGAGAAAAUUCAAAGCUACUCCCGAGGAAUCACCACUCAACUACAAGUUCUCCAUUAUCAAGUAUCCGGGCGAUGCGCUAUUGAACGAGGCCGAUUACAGCAAGCUUAUCGCUUUUAUCGGCGAUCAUCGAGUAUUGCUCGCGAAUACCAGACUACCCGAAGGCGGCAAAAAUCUGAGUCGAGAAGGAGUGGAAUUUCUAUUGUCGCAUAACGCCAAAGAGGAAAAGAAGUUGGGAGUAUGGACGAGUUGGCAUCAGCACUUCUCCCCGGAAGCGGACGAUUUCCUCAAGGUGCUUCAUCUCGCUCAGAAGGCAGCUUUGGCAAACGAAAAGCCGAACGUGAAAAACUAUUGGGAAAUGCUGACUGGUGAGCCCAAUGCGUACGAAUCGUACAAGUACCAGUUGGACAGGUUGACCGAUCUACGUUUGAAGCUUAUGAACUUCGCGGGUAAACGUCUGUCAAAGAAAUAUGACGUCAAGACGGGAAAUGGCAGUGUGCCGGCGCAUUUACUCGGUUCCUUAUCCGGCUACGAGUGGACGCAUUUGGCACUGGACGUUGUUCCCCAUCCCGAUAUUAUGUUCAUGAUAAGAAAGAAUUUUUGGGAGAAGAAAUUGUUCGGCAAAUCUUUAUACAAGUCUGCUGCUGCGUUGGGUAAGAGAUUCUUAGGUUAUUCUCCGAAAUCAGAUUUUUGGAGCAGAAGCAACUUCAAAGCCGAGUGUACCACAUUGCAAUUGUUUAAUUUUUGCAAAUUAGGAAGUAUGAGUAUAUCUACUUGUAAUGAGCCAUCGCUGUCAAAUUAUCUGACUGCUCACAAAAACGUUGCCAAAAUACUAAUGCACCAAAUGUCUUCCAUAGUUCCCAUUCUAAACGACGCUAAUCGAUAUUCAGUUCUCGAUGAGGCGAUCGCGGAAUUAUUUUCUAUCCUAGCUGCGAGUCCAGCUUGGUUACAAUACAUAGGUUUAAUUGACAAAUCCAUCGGAUCCGAAGAAGCUAAAAUCACAUCCUUGACUAUUACGGCUCUGGAUGUUCUUCCGCGUUUGGCUUAUUACAUUUCCGUCGAUAAAUGGAGACUGGAUGCCAUCGAGAGAAACGAAUCAAAUUCAAAGCAGUUGGUUUCCGACUGGUGGAAAACUAGACUGCAAAAUGAAUUUAUAAAUACCAGUAGCAGUGAAUUGCCAACAUUCUUAAACGAUGACCAUAUUAUUAGCAAUAAACCUUACCUCUCAAAAGUAUUGGGAAUCAUGCUCGCCUUUCAAAUGUAUGAUUACGUCAUGAAAUCAACCGACAUAAGAAACGAGCCUUUUGACAAAAGUUCCUUGAAUAGUAAUCUUGUACGCAUAGUCCAGAAUAAUUCGGAAAACUGGAAGGCCUUGAUUAGCAAAUACAUGAAUAUCGAGGCGAUUUCAGUGCAGCCGAUGAUCGAGUACUUCGGCGAGCUCGAGUACUACUUCGAGAGCUAUGAGGCACCGGAGCAAGUCUACGACUUCAGUGCCAAGGAAAUCGAGCUCGAGCUGAUCGAAAAAAAGCAUCGGAAAAUAGCCAAUACGCCGACGACUACGACAACGACGACUACGACGACGACGACGACGACGACGACGACGACUACGACGACGACGACGAGGACGACGACGUCGACGAUGACGACGUCGGGAUCUACGACGACAACUGCGAGGCCGACAACGACGUCAACGAGGACCACGUCUUCAUCAAUGGGCAAGACACCAACGGCAUCCCUUGGCAAGCUCCCUCCGAAGUCUAAGGUCUCCAACAGCAUCCCGAAGGACUCACUGAUCCUCGGCAAGUCAGGUGGGACGCACUCGAGCUCGGAAGACUCCGCGUCCGAGGACGGGGACAUCGAGGCGACGCUCGAAGUCGACGAGGACGACGAGGCCGAGACGAAACCAAAGAUCAACACGAACAAAGCCGUGUGGGCGGUGGCGGCGGUCCUCGUUGCCACCGUCGCAAUCUGCGUAAUCGCUAUCUUCGGGAGGCGACGCUGCGCCCGUACGCCAAAGAAUCGCCGAUACGUGUAAAUGAGAGACGGACCUCUUCCCAGGAUGUCCCCUCUCGAGCUCUCGACAUCUGGCUCCCCGAAGAAAGAGCCCGAGCAUUAAAAUGCGAUUGGGAAAGCGAGCGUCGCCGUAAUUGCCCGUUUUCUCACAUUCCAUUCAGCGAUCGCCGAAUGUCCUGUUCGCUUGCAAGGAAAGCGACGCGAUAACACUC